AUGGGCCAACCUCACAGCCUACUUGGAGGCUCCAGUGUUGCUAGCUAUGUGCAGGCCAUAAGGAGCAACCAACAAACUGCAAAAGAUUUCUACGCAGAAAAGAUUGAGCUCGAUGCUGGCGAGUUGGUCAAAAUGCUGCUUCUCGAUGCCAUCUUCAUCAUUCAGUUCUUGCGCGAGUACAACAAGGAGCCAGGGGUACAGGAGAGCAAGGGCGAUCCCAUCUUCGGAUUCGAACAUGUUAAGAGCCAUAUUCUUCGUGAUCUAAUGCUGUUCGAGAAUCAAAUCCCUAUGUUCAUUGUUAGAGACCUCUUCCAACUGUCUAAUCGUGAUAACCUAAAGUUCAGAGAUCUGGUCUGGCCAUUGUUCCAACAUAGACGUGAUGUGCCAGAGGUAUUGCCCGAUGCUCCUCAUCUCCUUGGCCUAGUUCAUGCUGGCAAGUUUUGCUCCUCUGUUCAACAACUCUCGCGUAGAAAUUAUAAAUAUCGUGAGAUGGAGAACAUACUCUCUGCCACGGAGCUGAGAGAAGCCGGUAUAGUCUUCAAGAAGAACCCUGAGAAUAAAGAUCCUAGUUUGUUGGACAUCACAUUCGAGAACAAGACCAUUUACAUUACUAAGUUAGAAAUGACAGAUGAAACGGAGUCGUGGCUCAGAAACAUGAUUGCAUAUGAAUUCUAUCUCCCAAGAAAUAAGCGCAAGUGCAUUAGUGACUACGCGUUCUUCCUGAAGUGCCUGAUGAGCAGCUCCAAGGAUGCAGAGCUGCUGCGACGCUGUGGGGUGAUCAGCAACUGUUUAGGUGGGGAUGCUAGAGUUUAUGAGGUGAUAGACAGAUUGGUGACUAAUGUGUUUAUUUCUGAGGAUUUUUUGUAUUCGGAUGCUUUUGAUAGCAUAAAUAAUUACAGUAAGCGAAAGAGGAACAGGUGGCUGGCGGUGUUGAGGCGGCACCACUUCAAUAAUCCAUGGACUGCCAUUUCCUUGGUUGCAGCUGCUGUUUUGCUCUCAGUUGGUAUAGUGCAGAUGGUGUUUGCUCUUCUCUCCUUUUACGGCGAUUAGAAGAAACUGGGAAUGUUUCUCCAGGUCUGUUAUUGUCAAGAUGUUAUGCUUCAUUUGUAAUGCAGGAGAGGUGAUGUAUCAAAUGUUAAUUGAUUUUUCAGAAAUACUAUAUUUGAGAGGUUUCCGCU